AACUAUAUGGAUUAGAGAAUUCCACCGAAGCUUGUUGUUCCUUUCUCAGAACAUUUCAUUAUCGCUUUCUUCAGGGUAUAAUAUUCUAAACUAUUCUGCGUAAUUAAGUUACUUUCAUUAUGGCGGCAUCAGUAAUGAAGGUUGAGAUGGAAAUAGAGGCGUGUUGCAUUUGCGGCGGCGGCGGCGAGCUGAUGAGCCCGGAGGAGCACGACGCCAGCACCACGGUGAUGCUCGCGCCGCUGCGGACGAUGCUCAUGCACCUCAACAACAAUAAGGUGGUCCCCGACGGCCGAUUGUGCGCAGACUGCAUCAGGCGAACCAUAGAUUCAUAUGAGUUCAGUACUACAUUGUCAACAAAAUCGGUGCCUCCUCUCAGCGAGAAGAUCCGCGCUCUUCGUCGCAGAUUACACGAGUUGACUCAGAAGAUUGACGUAUUCAUCGUCGUCGGAGGUCCCGGAGUCAACGCCGGGGGCACGUAUAGCGAGGAGGACAUCAUCAUGGUGGAAAAGGAUGCAUUGGCAGCAGCAUCGGCGGCCGAUGAUGAGGAUUUGGAGAGGGCAAGAAACGCUCGAGGUGACACCGUUUAUCAAUGCUCCGUGUGCCCUCAUUCAUUCCACCGCGUGUCGGAGUACCGCGCGCACUGCGCGUCGCACCCGGCGGACGCGCUGCACUCGUGCUGGACGUGCGGCGCGCAGUUCGCGGCGCGCGACGCGCUGCGCGACCACGCGCGCGACCACGCCCACGCCGCGCUCGUCUGCCACCUCUGUAACACCACCUUCCAGAGCCAAGUGGAGCUGCGCCGUCACGAGGGCGGGUGCGCGGGCGCGUGCCCCGCGUGCGGCGAGUGGGCGGGCGCGCGCACAGCGCUGGCCGCGCACGCGCUGGCGAGACACGCGCGCUCGUCGCCCGCGCUGUGCGCCGCCUGCUUCCAGACGCUGCCCGGGCCCGCCGCGCUCGCCGCCCACAUGCUGCGCCACAGGCAGGCCAAGCAGUACGUGUGUGGAUACGACGGGUGCAUCCUGCGGUUUGGCACCAGGGCCAACCUGAUGUCGCACAUCCGCAAGUGCCACGCGGGCGCGGCCGAGGCGCCCGAGCCUGCCUCCACCACCUGCUCCGUCUGCCAGCGCACGUUCGGAUCGGUAGCGGCCAUGAAGAGGCACGCGAGGGUGCACCGCGUCCGCAACGAGGUGGCGUCACAGGAGGAGGGCACGGAGAACGAGGGCUCUGUGGAGGGAAUGGAGCUGGUGCCGGCGAUGGACGGAGACGUGGAGUACCUCGAGGUGGAGACCCUUGAAGACGUCGACUACCACGCCGACUAGUGCCACUGCUGGUACCAGUGGCGUAACUAUACCAUCCGUGGCAAAUUCUGUGUUCCUUGGCGCAUCUAGCACUUAUUUUCCAGGGGGACCCCUGAACCGAUUAGGAUCUUGAGCCGGGGACUCCUCGGGGCCUGUGGCAUUUUUCCAGCUCUGCCAGCCUAUUGUUACGCCACUGACUGGUACUUUAAAAAGCCUGUGCCACCUGAAGACGUUUGGUAGCUCUACUGCCAGAAGACCCUUCUUUCCCACUGGGCACAGGGCUCUGCAAUCGAGAGGCUUUAGAUGAAAAGGGCCCCUUGAUCCUUAGUUUCCAGGGUCCCCAGAAGUUUAAAGACCGGCAGAGCUAAACAUUUAGCAUGAAGAACAUAUUUUAGCAACCAACAGAAAUAAUUGAAUGGACCAGACCAGAAAUAUUGGUGACGAAGAACAUAUAAAUACAUAGUGGUUAUUUAUGAAGUCUCCCGAAGACCACAGCAUAUUGAUUGAAAUUUUUUAGACAGACUUCAUUUACAAUAACUAUUUUAGUUGAAAUGAAAUGUGAAUGUUUAAAAUCUUAAAUAACUAAUUAAAUUAUAAAGAGUGAUGAAGUGAUGUGAUGACGUAAAGUGGAGUGCCCUGUACAGGAAGUUGUAUGUUAAAAUGAAAUAGAUGAUGAAUGAAGAAAAGACUUUAAAGUAAUUUAAUGUAAGUGGGAGACAAGUGUGGCCAAACAUUAUAAUUAUAUUAGUUUAGUUGUAUUGCAAAUAUAUUUGCAUAAAAUUGUAUUAAAGA